CGCAUCUCACCUUCAAGUUGACUGUCUUCAUAGCGAUCUCUGAUUGGACUGUGCAUGUGGUCAAAGUUUUCUUAGUGAACCUGUACCAUCCAUUUUCUCUCCAUCGAUGCGUUCCAUUUGCUUUGUCAUCUGCUGCCUCUCCCGCCAUUUUCUCUCCUUUUCUGUAUGUUAAAUAAGUAAAAACAAACUUGGGGAAAAAGCACGUGAAAGCAGCGAAGGAGAAUAGGAUUGAACCCAGAGGCAACAACCCACCCCACUGCAAAUGGGUAUCAAGGAUCUCCUCCGAUUCAUGAAGCCCUAUAUCGAAACCAUUCACAUCAACAAAUAUGCCGGACAACGCGUGGGUAUUGAUGCUUAUUCAUGGCUUCAUAAGGGAGCUUAUUCCUGUAGUAUGGAGCUUUGUCUCAAUUCUGACACUGAAAAGAAGUUCCAAUACAUAGAGUACUUUAUGCAUCGAAUCAAGCUACUUCGCUACUAUAAGAUAACGCCUGUUGUUGUUUUUGAUGGCGGCAACGUUCCUUGCAAGGCAGCAACGGAGGAAGAUAGGAAGAGAAAACGAAGUGCUAAUCGUGAUUUGGCAAUGGCUAAGCUCAAAGAGGGGAACGUCAAUGCAGCCUCGGAGUUAUUUCAGAGGGCAGUGAACGUCACUCCCAUCAUGGCUUAUCAACUGAUUCAGGUUUUGAGAUCAGAGAAAGUUGAGUUUGUUGUAGCUCCAUACGAAGCAGAUGCUCAGCUAGCAUACAUGUCCAAGAUUAAAACAGGAAAGGGUGGUGUUGUAGCAGUGAUCACCGAGGAUAGUGACCUAAUUGCCUACGGUUGUCCAGCUAUUGUCUUUAAGAUGGAUCGUUAUGGGAAUGGUGAAAGCAUAGAGUUGAACAAGGUUUUUAAAGCAGCGACUUGUAAACCAUCCUUCCGAAAUUUUGAUAUGGAACUUUUCACAGGCAUGUCUGUCUUAGCUGGCUGUGACUUUCUUCCAUCUGUUCCUGGAAUUGGUAUUGUGCGAGCUCAUGCCUUAGUUUCCAAGUAUCGGAAUUUAGAUCGUGUGUUAUCUGUUCUCAAGUUGGAGAAGCGCAAUCAAAUGCCAGAAGAUUACGCCAAAUCCUUCAAAGAGGCAAUUGCAGUCUUCCAGCAUGCUCGAAUAUAUGAUCCCACUGCUAAGGAGCUCAAGCACCUUAUGCCACUUCCACAAAACCUACUUCAGUCCUUUGACGGAAAUCUUGAUUUUUUGGGACCAGAAAUUCCUCAAGUAAUAGUUACCUCGAUAGCAGAAGGCAACCUAAACCCGUCAACUAAGGAAGCCUUUGAUAAGCUCGAACAUUCCGGACUUCCUUUGGACCCCAUUGUUCUCAAGAGCAAUCGUCAACAACUGAAAGUCCAAGUUUCUGCAGCAUUUACACAGGAGAGCUCCUUCAAAGUCUUUGGCUCCCAUAAUGCCAGAGAAAACAGUACAGUGACAAGGCCGAAUCUGGUCCCGAGCAAAGACAAGUAUUCUGGCGAAGCACUGGCACUUCAGAAACUUAUUAGACCAUUGGUAACUUGUGGAACGGUAGAAAAGGAAAACAUUCCUCAAGAAACUCCACUGAAGGUUCCUGGCAACAACCCAUUCAAGAUAAGACCUGAGGAACUUUCCUUAUUUCAGAGAGAGAACCCCGAUGAACAAGUUCUUGCUGCCAAGAGUGAGGAAUAUAUGGACGUGUGCAUUUAUUCAGAGAGCUUUCCGGAAGAGAGGCCUGAAAAUCUCUCGAGAAAAAGGAAAUUUCAGACCAUUUGCUCAGAUCAAACGGAAACAUGUGAUGAUCAAAUUUCAGCGGUGACUGUGAUCGAAGAGGAAGAUCCAGACAUGUUUUGUGGGAACGUGAAAUCCCAAGAGAGUGUAAAUUCCAAGACAAUAAAACUCACUGAUUUGAAAAGAAGAGGUGCAAGUGAAAAGAAAUCCAAGAAAAGCAGUGGCAGGGAAACAGGUAGCAAGAAUAGCAGUAUCUUGAAUUUCUUUUCUCGGGUGUAACAUUUCUAUGUCCGUGCACAUGUCAAUGAUUUAUGUCCCGGUUUAUUAAGGAUUGAGUUGGUUUCCUUAAUUACCAAGUAUUUUGUUAGAAGCAGGACAAGACAGCUGGCGAUUUCUUUUAGUGGAAGCAGUUUAAACGUGUU